AUGGCCGUGACAGUGAAGACACCCUGGCGGCUGCGGCGGAAAGCAAGGUGGUGGGUAGGCGAAGAAGCUCAAAAUGUCAAUGUCUACCAUGCUCAGAGCACGCUAGUGUUGACCACAGAAAUAUUCGCCGCCGCGGAAAACGAUUUCGAUAGACUGAAAAGCAUGUCUGAAGGUGAGUGCGAUAGAUGUGUGUCGAUAGCAAUCUCCAUAAAUGAUGGAAGAGCAUCGCUACCUGGACGCUUACGCAGUGGGAUAUUUGUGGACCCGAAGGAGAACAUUAUCUCCUUUGCGAAGUCUGGCAGUCCACGACUUAUUCCGUCCAAGGAAUCCCUUUUCCUGGUGUUCUUUGCUGACCAGUGGAUGGAGAAUAUUGGAUCUCGCAGAUUCGUUAUAAUUAAAGGGAAAGAUUGUGGUGUAUUCGCGCGCAUGUUUGAUUUAACGGGUACCGAUAUUCUUGAAGAGAGGCUUGAAGAGGAAGAAGACGGAUGGACAGGGGGAGGGAUAUAUAUAUUCAGACUAUCGACUUAUUCAACAAUUCGUAAAGGAAUCAUCGUUAGGACGCGUAUUCAUUAUCCUAGUAACUACGGCUUCAUGCCAGAAAUUCACCCCAACUCGUAUCCAGACGAGGUGCAAGCCUCGUUAGGCUUGUGUUGGGCAGACCGUAUGCUGUAUCAUAAGAGCUUUGGCCUGACUGACAACAAAGGAGUCAUAUGCGCGCGGUGCUCGCAGGACUGGUGCUCGGGUGAGAUGAUGCGAACCAAUCGGGACGAGUACCCACAUGAAAGUCGGGUUGUUGUUACGGCAUCCCGAGGCAGGGCUGGGCAGACAGUGGAGCAAUAUGAAGCUAUCCUUAGUUCGGAUGUGCAAGCAAAGCAUGUGAAACCGGAAGAUUUUGACGUGGUGGGUUACUGGCUGACUCCUGAUCCUUCGGCUGGCAUUGCCAGGCUGCAGUUCAUAACAAAGACUCAUUUCGAUCUUAUUCCAUCGGGGUGCAUAACUUGCACAACCGCGGGAAGGUUAUGUGGAUUGCCACUGGCUGUUGAUAUCCCGCUGACUCGCCCUGACCAGGGAUGCCCUAACAAAGUCCGACCAGAUUAG